AUGGGAGACACCACAGUCCCAAUCGAGCUUCCUGUCAUUGACAUCUCUAAUCCCCAUGACCCUGCCGUGGGGAAGGCCAUGCUGGAUGCUGCUGCAAAAUAUGGUUUCCUGUAUGUCAACAGCAAAGGAACCGAUUUCACCGUGAAGGAUGUGGACGAUGCAUUUGGAUUGUCAAAGGAGUUCUUUUCGUCUCCCGCAGAGGAGAAGGAAACAUGCCGAAUCCAGCCGAAUAACCGAGGCUGGUCUGGAAUGCAUAUAGAAACCCUCGACCCUGAGCAUCAGCGGACCGGAGACUUCAAAGAAGCCAUGAACUUCGGCGACUUCAAAGACGGCAAAGCCCAGCAGCCUCUGCCACCCUCACUAAGCCCCCACGAAGCAGAGAUCAACCACUUCGGGGAACUCUGCAACAAAACCUGCACUCGGAUCCUGACUCUACUUGCUUUAGGUCUCGAGAUCCCAGAAGACUUCUUCACAACCCGCCACGACCCAAGCACAGGCCCAACAGGCAGCAUCCUCCGGUACCUCUACUACCCAUCAAUCUUCUCACCAACAACGGCAGCCUACAAACACGACAAGGACGUGCGAGCCGGCGCGCACUCCGACUACGGCAGCAUAACCCUCCUUUUCCAACGUCCCGGCCAGCCAGGUCUCGAGAUACUAACACCGGAGGGUAGCUGGGCGCCUGUUCCCAUUGUUCCCGGUCCCGCAGCCGAGGCCAAGGGUUAUUGGACGGAUGGGCUGUUGAAGUCAACAGUGCACCGGGUUGUGUUCCCACUUGCCGAGCAGCGGAGUCCGAAUCCGCAGGAUCGGUACACAUUGGUGUAUUUCUGUCAUCCGGUUGACGAAACGGAGUUGGUGCCUGUUCCUAGUGGGGUUGUCGCCGCGCAUCGGGAGCGGCCUGGGGGUGUUCCUGCCGAUGAGAGGGUUGGGUUUGGGGGUGGGGCGGGCCAUUUGGUACCUGGGAAGAGACCUUUGACAGCGCAUGAACAUCUCAUGUCGAGGUUAGAGGCUACAUAUGGGUUUACUAAAAAUGAGUGA